CUGAGGACGCCGCACGUACGCUUGCCGACAUCACCAAGGCCGAGAUAAUUCCUUCGGACAGUCAGAGAGAGAGAGAGAGGGAGGGGGACAGACUGACUGACUGAAGCAGGUUUGUCUCUGAGGUGUCGACCUGACUGACUGCUGUCUACCUGAAGCAGGUUUGUCUCUGAGGUAUCGACCUGACUGACUGCUGUCUACCUGAAGCAGGUUUGUCUCUGAGGUAUCGACCUGACUGACUGCUGUCUACCUGAAGCAGGUUUGUCUCUGAGGUAUCGACCUGACUGACUGCUGUCUACCUGAAGCAGGUUUGUCUCUGAGGUAUCGACCUGACUGACUGCUGUCUACCUGAAGCAGGUUUGUCUCUGAGGUAUCGACCUGACUCACUACUGUCUACCUGAAGCAGGUUUGUCUCUGAGGUAUCGACCUGUCAUCACUAGCUGCUGAGACCACAGACACAGAGUGCCUCUGCUUCAGACUAUGGCUUCUCGACCUGAACUAGAGGACCAGAAAUCCACAGAAUCCACAGAGAAGAACAAAGAUGAUCAACUCAGUGAGAACUCAGAGACAGAAGAAAAGGCUUUUUCCAUGGCGCCGGCCCAUUCCACUGUGGCCCUGGUAGAGACGGGGUGUGAGGGGGAAGACGACCCGUGGAAUUUACCAGAACUACAGGACGGAGCGGCAGCAUGGUCAGAUCUAGACACCAAGGGGAAGGUGUUGAGGGUGGUAACGUCGGCAGGGAAGGGACUUCUGCUGCUGGGGUUCCUGUACAUGUUCAUCUGUUCACUAGACAUCCUCAGCUCUGCCUUUCAACUGGUUGGAGGUAAAGCAGCAGGUGACAUCUUCACAGAGGGCUCAGUGCUGUCGAACCCUCUGGCUGGUCUGGUCAUAGGAGUACUGGUCACUCUGCUGGUUCAGAGCUCCUCUACCUCCUCUUCUAUAGUGGUCAGCAUGGUCUCCUCUGGACUGUUACAGGUCCAGAUGGCUGUUCCUGUCAUCAUGGGGACCAACAUCGGAACUUCCGUCACCAACACGCUUGUUGCCAUGACGCAGGCUGGCGACCGCAACAAGUUCCGCAGGGCCUUUGCUGGAGCUACGGUUCAUGACUUCUUCAACUGGCUGUCCGUGCUGGUCUUCCUGCCUUUGGAGGUGGCGUCGGGUUACAUGUACGAGCUGACCAAGCUGAUGGUUGACUCCUUCAACAUCCAGGGUGGAGGGAAGACUCCAGAACUCCUCCAUGUCAUCACCGACCCUCUAACAAAGGCAAUCAUCGAGUUGGACAAGACAGUCAUCAGUGGUAUUGCCACAGGAGACCCGGCUGCCAGGAAUAAGAGUCUCAUCUUAAAAUGGUGCAAAACAUUCACCAAUGUGACCCUGAGGAAUGAGACGGUCCCCGGGCCAGAGAACUGCACCUCCCCAGCCCUCUGUUGGUGUUCCCAGGACCUCUGCUACACUCUACAUAACAUCUCAGAGACCUACAACAUACAGACAUGUAAUCAUAUCUUUGUGAACGUGGACCUGUCUGACCUGGCGAUAGGCCUGAUCCUGCUGGCUCUGUCUCUCCUGGUGCUGUGUUCCUGUCUCAUCCUCAUCGUCAAGCUGCUCAACUCCAUGCUGAAGGGACAGGUGGCGGUAGUCAUCAAGAAGGUGCUCAACACAGAUUUCCCGUUCCCCUUCGGCUGGGUGACUGGUUACAUCGCCAUCCUGGUCGGAGCUGGAAUGACCUUCAUCGUCCAGAGUAGUUCUGUCUUCACCUCCGCUAUCACUCCACUCGUUGGUAUUGGUGUGAUCAGCAUCGAGAGGGCGUACCCUCUGUCGCUAGGGGCCAACAUCGGCACGACGACCACGGCUAUACUGGCAGCCAUGGCAGCACCUGGAGACACACUGGCCAACGCUCUGCAGAUCGCUCUGAUUCACUUCGUCUUCAACGUGUCUGGUAUCAUCUUGUGGUAUCCAAUCCCUUUCACCCGUAUCCCCAUCCGAUUGGCUAAGGCCCUGGGUGACAUCACGGCAGAGUAUCGCUGGUUCGCCGGCGUCUACAUCAUUUCCUGCUUCUUUCUCCUGCCCCUCUUCGUCUUCGGCCUAUCGAUGGCCGGCUGGAAGGUGCUGGUUGGUGUGGGCGUUCCCAUAGUGGCCUUGUUGAUCAUCAUCAUUAUAGUGAACGUGCUCCAGGCACGGCUACCCAGCUGUCUCCCCACGGUACUGCACUCCUGGGACUUCCUGCCUCUCUGGGCCCACUCCUUAGAACCCUGGGACCGCGUGGUCGCCGUGGUAGCCGCCAAAUGCUGCUGCUGCUGCAAGUGUUGCCAGACCGGACUGGAGGAGGAGGAGAAAGGAGGAGGAGGGCAUUUCCUGGAGAUGUACGACAACCCUGCCAUAAUGAACGGUGUUGACUGGGGAGAAAAGAGGGAGGACAAAGAGGAUGUCUUGAAAGCAACGCAGCUUUGAUGCGCCGCGACACUUCGUAACCGCUUCGUAUAGGCAUUAUAACCUGUCUAUAAUGUGAUUAUGGUCUUAUGACUCUUCUAUAACAUGGUUAUAAAGGUGCUAUGUAGGGUUACAAAAUUACAAGAACUAUUCCAAAAUUCCCUGCUUUGUUUUCCGAGAAAUCCUGGUUAGAGGAUUCCCAGAUUUCCUGGUUAUGUCCUCGUAAUUCCAGGAAUCUUCUAAACAGGAUUUCUGGGGGGCAGGACAUUUGGGGGAAAUUACCGCAAUUUUGCAACAAUAGUCCUAUGUCAUGUCCUAUGUCAUGCCCUAUGUCAUGCUUAUGAGAUGUUAAACGGUGUUAUGUCAUAUUCCUAGAUAUCAGUCCGGAGCUACGACCUAGCAGCUCGUAAAAAUGGUCGCAUAUGAACAACGUACUAAUAAUAAUAAUAAUGGAUUGGAUUUAUAUCGCGCCCUCUCUCUACCAACUGAGGGAUUCAAAGCGUUUUACAUAGUAAAGGGUGAAACUCACCUCAUCCACCACCAAGGUGUGGGUGA